CUCAUGUGUCAGUCCAGUCUGAGUAUCGCUGUGAACAGAGACGAACAGAAGUCCAGACACUGCUUUCACGAUCUGAAGCAGCAUUUCACUCUUCUGCUGGGAUUGGGCUCUUCUGGAAACUGGACAUUAGAGAAAUGAUGCUCCUCUUUGCACUGAUGCUGAUGCUGCUGCAAACUGCUGAAUGUCUCUGCUGGUUAAAUCAGACUGAUCCCUGUUAUGCAGCUUUGGGACACAAAUUCAAUCUGCCGACGGUGCUGGACGCUAGUAAAUAUGACAUGAAGAUACAAAAGAGAAUAAACAACAAUAGCAGAAAUGGUCCAGUUUGUAGAGUUAAAUAUGGCAGGAUGAAGGAUUGUGAUCUUUAUAGUAACAGACCUGAGGUUGCAUUAAUUAAUGGCACUCUGAUAAUAAACCGUGUGAUCAGAGCAGAUUCAGGGAAUUACACAGUAACACUCUCUCGCUCAGACGGCACAGAAACAUCUACAGAUCUUCAAGUGAAUGUUGAAGCUCCUGUUGGCUCAGUGGAAGUGUUCAUCAGCUGUUCCUCCAGUGGGGCGAGGAGGGCGUCCUGCUCCUCGGAGGGCGAACAGCUCCUCUACAGCUGGACUUUGAAUGGAGAUCCACUGAUGGAUGGCAACUCCAGCAUUGAUCUGGAUGAGGGAACUGAUGGAAACAUCACCUGCGGUGUGAAGAACCAUGUCAGUCACAGACAGAUGACCAUUAGUCUGAAACCUUGUUCCGGACCAUCUACUGCAUCUGAGACCUCAACAGUAAAGGAUUCAAAAUAUGUUUUACAUUCCUCUCUGAUUGCUUUGGGCUGCGUUGCGCUGAUCUUGAUUCUGCUGUUCAUCCCUGCAUAUCACACUUACAAGAAAAAACAGGUCAAGUCGACAGCCACUGCUGCCAGUGCGGACAUCAUAUAUGCUGACAUCUCUCAUAAGAAAAAGGGUGCAAAGAAGAAAACAGAAAUACUCCCCGCUGAUGUGGAAUAUGUCGAGGUCAAAUGUCAGAAAAAGAGGAAGGAGAGGAAAGAGAAGAAAGAGGAAGAAGUUGAGUACGGCGAGGUGAUGUUCACUCUGAAUCGCUCAAACGCUCACCUGCAGCCUCAGCAUGAGUGUGUUUAUUCUCAGAUGAAUCGAGUCACUUCAGAAGGCCUUUAUUAACCCCCCCGGAGCCGUGUGGGGCACUUAUUAUGAUGGAUGGAUGCACUUUAUUGGGCUUGAAAAUCUCAACACCCAUUCACUGGCAUUAUGAUGAUAGGAAGAGCCAGGAGAUUUUUUUUUUACUUAACUCCUAUUGUAUUUGUCUGAAAAAGAAAGCCAAAUAGGAUGAAUUGAGGAUUGAUUUAAACCAUGGGGUAAUUUUCAUUUUUGGGUGAACUAUCCCUUUAAUGUUUGUGUGUCUGGGGCUGAACUGUGAGAUGUUGAGUAAAAGCGAGACAAUGGAAAAAAAGGGAAACCAAAUGCAUGUUAUUUUCCAUCAGACAAGCUGUACUGUUUUUAGUGCUUCUCGUGCUGUUCUGCUGGCAGCUCAGAUCAUAUGACGGCGAGAAAAAGCUUUAGUGAAAGUCAGCUUUUAAUCAUGAAGAAAUUCAUGCUCGAUACCUUACAUUUCAUAAGUUCCACAAGUAGAAUUCAAAGAAAUAUAUAUGCAGUCAUCUUUGUUGCAUCUCUGCUGCUUUCAUUAAAAAUUUAAUGUAUUCAUUAAAAGGAAUUAAUUUAUAUUAUGCCCCAGUUCUAUAUUUAAGUAUAUCCAACUUUAUUUGCAUGCAUACAGAAUACUCACAUAAAGUGAUAUAUACUAUAUAGCAAAUCUCCACUGUUUUCAGUCAUCAUAAAAUAUAACUAUAUUAUCAUCCAGCUCUAAUCUGGUAAAUGCGACAUGAAGAUGUUGAGCUAUUAUAAACAUUAACAUCAUGUUUUUUUUUUGUAAAACUGUUUUGUAACAAUGUGUAUGGUCAAAAGUGCUAUAUAAAUUAAUUUGACUUAAUAAAUAAAGUUUUUAGAGUGAAUA